AUGAGCGAGAACGUCUCCCCGGCGGCGGCUGUUCGAUCAGACGAUAUGGCCCUCAGCAACAUAAGAAAGGAUCGAUUUGAAGACUCAACCCACCUGGAGGACGUCUCCGUUGCGACUUCGGAUACCCAAGCACCAGAGGCUCCGAUCAACUGGCCCGCUUGGAAACGAAAUGCCCAAAUCCUGAUGGUGGCUACCCACUCGAUGGUAUCCGUUUUCAUGGCCGCCGGGAUCAUUCCUGGAUAUGAAGCAAUGGCGGAAGAGUAUAACAUCACGGUGCCUCAGGCCAGCUAUCUAACAUCCGUCCAGAUUUUAAUCUUGGGAAUUGCCCCAUUCUUCUGGAUUCCGAUCACAAUGCGCUAUGGCCGUUACCACAUCUUCAUGUUUUCGGUGCUCGGCACCAUGGUGUGUAAUAUCGGAGGUGUGUUCUGCAGAACUUUCGGCUCGCAGAUGGCUACUCGUGCUAUUGCGGCUUGGCUCAUUUCGCCUCCACUUGGAAUUGGCAGUGGUGUGGUGACGGAACUGUGCUACCCUGAAGAGCGUGCCCGGAAGUUGGGAUGGUGGACCCUGCUGAUCACUAUCGGGAUACCCGGCGGUGCAUUCAUAAACGGCUUCGUCGUGCAACACCUAGGGGUGUCCUGGAUAUUUUGGAUAUUUGCAAUUAUUAAUGGCGUUCAAUUCAUUGCCUACGUCCUGCUUGGUGACGAAACCUUAUACAUCAAGGAUAUCUCCAUCCAUCCGAAACCCAAUGGCUGGAGCCGGCUCUUCCCUUGUCGACUCGACCCUCGCCCCUUCGAGAUGCAAAACUUCAUCGCCCCCAUUUUUCUAGGCAGUUUCCCUCGCAUUUUGAUCCCAGGGGUUGCAUAUGGCGUCGAAUUUGCCUACGCUAAUAUCGCUAUCAUCGUUGAGACGCCACUAAUCUUCGGCGAGAAAUUUCACUUCAAUGCCCAGCAAGUAGGCUACCAGUUCAUUUCAAUCAUCAUCGGCUCCGUUAUUGGUGAACAAGUUAGUGGGCCAAUGUCAGAUUGGUUCCUGGGUGUUCUCCGGCGCCGGAAGGGCCACACCAUCCCUGCGGAUCGUUUGUGGCUGUCAUAUAUCGGAUAUGGCACUGUCUUCGCGGGCCUACUAGUCUGGGGCUUUCAAUUAGAAAAGGCAACCACUUGGAACGUUACACCAUGCAUCGGAAUGGCUAUCGCUGCCUUUGGAAACCAGGUACUCACUACCACCCUCAUAUCCUUCGCAGUCGAUAGCCACAAGGAACACUCUGCCAGCAUUGGCGUUUUUAUCAACCUCUGUCGACAGAUCUAUGGAUUUUGCGGUCCAUUCUACUUCCCUGAUAUGUAUGCCAACCUCGGGCUAAGCGGCGCUGCUGGUGUUAUGUGUGGGAUUAUGGCAAUUGUGUCUCUCACUCCGGUUUUUUUGAUUCAGUUAAUCGACACAAGGAGACAGCCCCAGCAAUAUUGA